GUUCAUCUUCGUCAAAUCUAAGCUCUGUAUUUUUUUCCAAUGGCGAAAGUUCCUGUGCUCUGUUUCUUUUUCGCUCUCUCCCUUUCGUUUGCUGCCGCUGUAGCAGAGAAUGACCUGUAUACAAAUGAAGACCUUACUCUUGCAAAUGGGCUUUCAUGGAGCUUUUAUGAGAGCACCUGUCCCAAACUGGAAUCCAUUGUAAAGAAACGCAUCAAGUUUCAUCUAAAGAAGGAUAUUACUCAGGCCGCCGGGUUGCUGCGCCUUCACUUUCAUGACUGUUUUGUUCAGGGCUGUGAUGCUUCUGUUCUGUUGGAUGGAUCUGCAAGCGGGCCGAGUGAGCAAGACGCCACUCCAAAUUUAACGCUGCGGCAAAAAGCUUUUGAAAUAAUAAAUGAUAUCAAAGAACAUGUGGACAAGGCCUGCGAUGUCGUCGUGUCCUGCGCAGAUGUUACUGCUCUGGCGGCUCGGGAUUCAGUCGCAGAGACUGGAGGGCCAAAAUACAAUGUGCCUCUAGGGCGGAGGGACAGCUUAAAGUUUGCCAGUCGAGCUGCGACACUUGCAAACCUUCCAGCCCCAACUUCCAAUGCCUCAGCCCUCAUUGAUGCUCUUGCUGCUAAAGGCCUUGAUGCUACAGACCUUGUGGCUCUUUCAGGUGGGCACACCAUAGGAAGAGGGCAUUGUGCAUCAUUUGAAGAGCGACUAUACCCCACACAAGAUAGCACUCUUGCCAGGGUCUUUGCUAGAAACUUGAAAGCCACUUGUCCAACCACAAAUGUCACCAAUACUACUGUAUUAGACAUUCGCUCGCCCAAUUUAUUCGACAAUAUGUAUUAUGUGAAUCUCAGGAAUCGAGAGGGGCUCUUCACGUCAGAUCAGGAUCUUUACACAGACUCCCGCACCCAACAGAUCGUCACAGACUUUGCCCUUGACCAAGAUCUCUUCUUUGAGAAAUUUGCUUUGGCCAUGGCAAAAAUGGGUCAGCUAAGUGUAGUGACAGGUACUAAAGGAGAAAUUAGAACCAACUGCUCUGCACGCAAUCCAACUCCUUCCAUCAGCACCAUGGUGGAAGAUGAUGCCUAUUCCGCAGAGCUUAAAUGAUCCUCACUCACUUAACAAUUUCUAUCUUGUUAGAAAGGAAUGUUGUUCUAAUGUUAGUUAUAUUGUUAACCUAGUUAAUUUCACAAAAGUGUUAUUUUAAUGAUGUCAUUUGUUAUUAACUCGAAGGGCAAGCUUAAUAAGAUUUUUUUUUUUUUU